UCGAAUGCACUGACUAAGUCUGAAGAAGAGCGUCUGCUAAAUGGCCAAAAUGAAAACAACUGUAAUGUCCUUGUCUUUUGCAGCUCGUCGCGCUGCCUGAAUGAAGGCUACUGCUCCAACCGGCGUUUCCAGAUGAAACUGCAUGCAGACUUUGAGGUCAUCCUGACUGAAGAUAAGGGCUGGGGACUGAGGGCGGCCAGGGACCUGAUACCAAACACUUUUGUGCUGGAGUACUGCGGAGAGGUGUUGGACCACAAGGAGUUCAAGACACGGGUGAAAAAAUACGCUAGCAUGAAGAACAUCCACUACUAUUUCAUGGCCUUGAAGAAUAACGAGAUCAUAGAUGCCACACUGAAGGGGAACUGCUCUCGCUUCAUGAACCACAGCUGUGAGCCCAACUGUGAGACCCAGAAGUGGACUGUGAACGGCCAGCUGAGAGUUGGGUUCUUCACCUCCAAGACCGUCACAGCUGGUACAGAGCUUACCUUCGAUUACCAGUUCCAGAGAUAUGGGAAAGAGGCCCAGAAGUGCUUCUGUGGGGCUCCCAGCUGCCGAGGCUUCCUGGGCGGGGAGAACAGGGUCAGUGUAAGAGCAGCGGCAGGGAAGAUGAAGAAAGAGCGCCCUCGCAAGAAGGACACCUCCGUGAGCAAUGCACUCACUACGGUGGACGAGGAACUAGAGGCUCUGCUGGAGAACGGGGAGGGUCUGUAUGAUGAGAAGGAGGUGGUGUCUCUCUGCAGGCUGAUGGUCAGAGUGGAGACCAUGGAGCAGAAACUCAUCUGCCUCAAACUUAUCCAAGAUACCCAGAGCCCAUCCUGUCUGAAGCAGUUCCUGGACCAUCACGGUCUGUCUCUACUGUGGAUCUUCAUGGUGGAGCUCUCUGAAGCCAAGGGCAACAGUGUCAACAACAUCAAACUGCAGUUUCAGAUCAUGAAGACCCUGUCAGCGCUGCCUAUCUCCACUAAGAACAUGUUGGAGGAGAGUCAUGUCCUGAGCCUCAUCCAGCGCUGGGCCCAAACACACUCCCUCCCCCAGGCCCCCGGGGCUGAACAGGACGGCUACUCCAGUGAGAACAUGUCUCGCGCCCAGACCCCUCUCAACACUCCCGACGGCUCCUCUGCCUCUGUCGCCAAACUGGGCCCUGAGUUGGACAGCGACACUCCCAAACGGGCCGUUUACCGUCGCCUCAAGAUCAGCGAGAACAGCCUGGACAGCGCCAUGUCGGACGCCAGCAAGGCCUCGGACGGUAAGGAGGAGGAAGAGGAGGAUGAAGAGGAGAUGGAGGACGAGGAGGUCUCGCCAUCUGAGCCUCCAGUGGAGAGCAGUAAACGGUCCAAGACAGAGCUGAUGGUUGAGGUCCAGGCUCAGACUCCCACAACAGAGGAGCUGCCAGAAGAGCCAGUCACAGAGCUGGUGGUUGAGGUCCAGGCUCAGACUCCCACAACAGAGGAGCUGACAGAAGAGCCAGUCACAGAGCUGGUGGUAGAGGUCCAGGCUCAGACUCCCACAACAGAGGAGCUGACAGAAGAGCCAGUCACAGAGCUGGUGGUUGAGGUCCAGGCUCAGACUCCCACAACAGAGGAGCUGACAGAAGAGCCAGUCACAGAGCUGGUGGUUGAGGUCCAGGCUCAGACUCCCACAACGGAGGAGCUGCCAGAAGAGCCAGUCACAGAGCUGAAGGAGACACCAGAGGAGGUGGUGGAGACCAUGGAGAUCACAGAACCCCAAGCGGAGAGCCAAGACGCUACAGUUCAGGAGGAGGUGAAUGAGAAGGGCGGUGACGAGGAGGUGAAAGACGAGUGGAGUGAGGGACAGAAGGAGAACAGAGAGGAGGAGGAGCAGCAGCAGGCAAGUCAGUCAGUGGAGGAGAGGGAGGUUGUGGCAGGAGAGCAGGCCAACGUGGAGGUCCAGGAAUCAUCACAUAUUCAGACGGAAGUUACUGAGACCCCUUCAGCGGAGCAGCCUGCCGAGGAGAAGGAAGAGGAGACCACCACAGCAGAGACUGGGACUGAAGAUACAGAAAAGGCUCCAGGCAGCCAGGAACAUCCAGGCCAGGUGGCCCCCGAGGGUCCCCUGGAGGUGGCCCCUGGCACUGAGGACGCUGCCCAGGUAGUGACCCCUGCUUCAGAGGCCCCUCCACCUCCCUCUCCGGUGGUCCCCGUGGAGCCUGCGGCGGUGGGGACGCCCUCGCAGGAUGAGGAGGAGGGUGUGUCUGAUGUAGAGAGCGAGAGGAGCCAGGAAGCCCUGCUCAGUGCUGUGGAUAUAGGAGACAUGGCUGCUAGGCUGCUGGACAGCUGGAAGGACCUGAAGGAGGUGUACAGGAUCCCCAAGAAGAGCCAGGUGGAGAAAGAGAUACACGAUCGUAGUCGAGACCGAGACGCUGCCCCGGCUCGCACCCCCUCCGGCAGCCGGGAACGUGAGAGGGAACGUGAGAGGGAGCGGGACAGGGAGAGGGACCGGGAACGAGAUCGAGAACGAGAACGGGACAGGGAACGUGACCGGGAGAGAGAUAGAGAAAGGGACAGGGAUUGGGAGAGAGACCGGGAGAGAGAUAGAGAGAGAGACUGGGACAGAGACUCUGAGAAGACACCCCGCAGCACAGAGAGACGGCGGCGACGUGCCUCCACCUCCCCACCGCCCUCAGCAUACGAGAGGAGCAGCAGGAGACAGGAGGACCGGUUUGACCUGGCUAACAGCAGUAAGAAGACCCGUUCCAUCACCAAGGAACGCACCAAGCUGUCCACAGAGGAGCGCAGGAAGCUGUUUGAGCAGGAGGUGGCCCAGCGCGAGGUCCAGAAACAACAACAGUUACAACAACAUCAACAACAACAGUUACAUCAACAACAACAGUUACAACAACAUCAACAACAACAGUUACAACAACAACAGUUACAACAACAACAUCAACAACGGCAGCAGCAGCUCCAGACUCUAGCCUACGAUGCAGCCCUGACAUACAAUACCAGCCCAGCUGGCUUCAUCCACUACCCCCCUGGCUACCCCCUCCAGACCUACGUGGACCCCGUCAACCCCAACGCAGGCAAGGUGCUGCUGCCUACCCCUCCCGUGGAGCCCCUGGUCCCAGCCACUCUGGUCUUGGAGCAGACACCUCCCCAGGCUCUGAUCACCGAGCUUGGCAUGACCUCUCCCUCCUCUACCUCCCAGCCCCCUCCAGUCUCCAGCAUCUCCCAACACAUCCACCAACACACUACGCCUCUGGAGCUCCACCCCGGCACCGCCCAGCAGUAUGCCCAGCAGCCCAGCGUGGCGGGCCAGGACCCGGGUGUAGGCGUGCUGUCAGCCGUGUCAGCGCCCCCUCAGGUGUCGGCAGGCCAGGGGAGUUACGCCACGCUGUGGGACCCUACCACCCAGCAGGCUGUGACGGUACAGACCCAGGUAGCACCACAGUACCAGGUUGUCCCAGCACCACCUCCCACCCAGACAGCCAUCUACUACCAGGGCCAGCCCUGUCAGACCAUCUACAGUAUCCCCACGGCCUAUCCACAGGCUAACACACCUGUCCUGCAGGCCUACGCUGAUCCGGCUGCCAACUACCUCCAUGGUCAGCCGGUGUACACAGGUCACCAGCAAGGAGUGGUGGUUCAGCAGGGGGGUACGGUCACUACCAUCGUCACCUCACAGACUGUCCAGCAGGAGAUGCCCAACACUCUGUUAGUCCCCAACAGUAUGAUAGACCUGCCCCCUCCCUCUCCUCCCAAACCCAAAACCAUUGUCCUGCCCCCCAGCUGGAAAGUAGCACGGGACGGAGAGGGAAAGAUCUACUAUUAUCACGUCAUCACCAGGCAGACUCAGUGGGAUCCUCCCAGCAGCUGGGACGGGGUCAGUGAAGACUCUCACAGCUUAGACCACGAGGCUGAGAUGGACCUGGGGACGCCCACCUACGACGAGAACCCCUCCAAGUUCUCUACUAAGACAGCAGAGGCAGACACAUCCAGUGAGCUGGCCAAGAGGAGCAAGGAGACGUUCCGGAAAGAGAUGUCACAGUUCAUUGUGACCUGCUUGAAUCCGUUCCGGAAACCAGACUGCAAACUGGGACGCAUUGUCAACACCGAGGAUUUCAAACACCUUGCCAGAAAGCUAACUCACGGCGUGAUGAACAAGGAGCUGAAGUCCUGUAAGAACCCAGAGGACCUGGAGUGCAACGAGAACGUGAAGCACAAGACCAAGGAGUACAUCAAGAAAUACAUGCAGAAGUUCGGCAACAUCUACCGGCCCAAAGAGGACACUGAGCUGGACUAACACUGCGUCUGACUGGAGGAACAGAACGGGGAUCAAGACUUGAAAAUAUGAUUAGGCUACAGUUGUUUGGGGCCCACAAACGGUGAAAGGAGACACACUGAAACCCAGAUUAAAGUCAAGUCACGCUGGGAAACUGAACUGUGGAGGUGGGAUCACUCCAGACACAUAUUUAUGUUGACUAAGACUGUGUCUUAAACUGAUGCCUUGAAGGCUUGCCGCCGGGCCCACUGACUAAUGGGAGGGGACUAGUGGGAGGGGGGCGAGAAUCAUGACGAGGAGGGAGGUGUCUCCCAAGGGGCGGAGGCUCCAGGUGAAGUGUCCACAGAGAAGUGUGCGACACCUAGGCUUGCGUCUCAACUAGCACCCUAUUCUCUGUGCCCUAUGUAGGGAAUAGGGUGCUGUUUGGCACUCAGACCCAGAGAGGGGUGCUACAUUGACCUAUAGUGUCACUAUCAUGUUAGCUUUCUACAUUUUUUUUUCCAGUUUAACUUUCUUACCUAACUAACAAUGUUUUCAAAUCUUAUCUACAUAUUCUCUCUAGAACUCUUCCUCCCCUGUCUGAAAAGGAUUCAUGAAAGAGUCAGACUUACCAUCAUUUUAAAUUGCUCUUCAAUGUUUUUCCACUGUUGGGAUGUUGCUGUAUGAAGUCCAGCAGUGGCAAUUAACUGGUCAAAAUGGAUCCAUGUAAAGAAAGACAAAAUCGCUGUUUGUCCAUAUGACAGGCUUUCCCCUGGUGCGCCCGCCUGCCACACCCCCAAGCCAGCCAUUAACUCGACUAGGGUAUCUGGUGCCCUCCCUUCCUUCAGACCACAAUCCUCCGGAGCCUCUGUUGUUAUAUGAAUGCUUGAUGGAGGCUGGGUUCGGUUCGGAUGGAGGCUGGGUUCGGAUGGAGGCUGGGAUCGGUUCGGAUGGAGGCUGGGUUCGGUUCGGAUGGAGGCUGGGUUCGGAUGGAGGCUGGGAUCGGUUCGGAUGGAGGCUGGGUUCUGUUCUAUCGUGCUGACUGGUGUACUUAUGGGAAUUCCUCCAUGGCUGCUUACCAAAUAGCACCCUAUUCCCUAAAAAGAGCACUACUUUAGACCAGGGCCCAUAGGGGAAUCCCAGAGUGCACUACUUUAGACGAGAGCUCUAUGUAGGGAAUAGUGUGCAUUUGGGACAUAGUCCAUGUUCCAAUGCUCCCUCCCUGAGUACAUUUUGUUUUUAUAUACAAAAAUUGAAGAAUGAACUUUUAUGAAGCUUGUUCUUUUCAGUGAGACAGACAGACGGACAGUUCAAGAGGACUUGGUGGUGAAUAAGGAACAGCAGGGGAUGGGGUUACUGAUCAAUGUUUUUGUCUUUAAUUAACUUGUACUAUGAAGUGAACAGGAUUUGGAUGCUAUCAGACACAUGAUGCUUAUGUGUCAGUCAGUGUGUCCCCCGUUCUGUUUCGACCCCCCUCCUCAAUGGGGUGUGGCGUGGUCAUUUUAACUCUUUUUUUUUACUAUUAUAAUUCCUUUAGACGGGCAUCAGAGGUGCCUGUGCUGUCGUCUUGUUGCUACACAAGCUGUUUUACUCCUUAGUCUCCGGGGUAACAAGGUUUGUGUCCUGUCGUCAGGGUUACCGGUUCAUAGGCUUGGGGUCGUUAAUCCUUUAGGUAACUCUCACACCACCAUUUAAAUUGCAUUAAAACCAUGUUCAAACACACUUGUAUUAUAGUGCUUUAUAUGUGAAUAUAUUGAGAAAUAGUUUUGAGAAUGUUUAGGUAAGCAGAGUCUUUGUGAAAGGAUGGACUGUUGGUCCGUGAUAUAACCUGUCAAUAGCCUGGUGUCAGUAUACCAAACACAGGUGAAUGAAGGGGAGGGGGGGGUCGAAGUGAGUACCCCUGUCUGCUCCAGCAGCUCAAAUCAACACCUCCUUCCUCUGUAAGCUAAAGCCAGGAUUCCACCGAUUCACAGCCUCUUGUUUGAAAGUUAUUUUAUUUUGGUGGUGGGGGUUGCAGCAUUUUUCUGUUUUGUUUGUUUUGAGACUUCUUUUUUUUUUGUAUGUACAAAGAGUUUCACCCCAACUCUACUGUAAGUACUGUGCAAGCACAUUGUCAUACUGAGUGUACAAACAUUUUAAAAGAAAAAUAAAGUUUUUGUAAAAAUGUG